AUGACCGACACGAUGGAAGCCAUCGUCUCUGCUUGUUCUAUCACAAACAGCUCGGCUGAAUGCUAUACUGCUUCGUGGUACCUUAUUUGGGGUCAAGUACGUUACUGGCUGCGUAUACAAGUGCCUAUUGUUGUCCUCUCCAUUGUCUACGAGUGGCUCGAGCUUGCCUCGCUCAAAUACGUUGAGCGGCUCCGAAAAUUUUGUGAUUCUCCACUCACGAACGUUGUGAACUACCUUGUACAAAUUGUCACGAGUUUCUAUGUCUGCAUCAAUUGGAUCGUACGUGGUGGUUUAUUGAGUGUGAUUUUCUCGUCGUGGUCGAUUGAAUCAUUGUUCUUAAUCGCUACGGGUGCAGGGUACGGGAUUCGCUGGCUAGCGGCUAAAAACAAAGUAACGUUCGUGCUGCAGCUGCACAAUUUGUUCGACUUGCUGUCGGUAGUGGCUCAUUUUGCGAUUUCAUUUCAGACGAUUGUGGCGGGGAACAAACACCUUCGAUCGUGGUUGGAUUUUGGCUUUAUUCGGUCCUAUGUAGGAUAUGUGGUCGUGGAUCAUUUGUUCACGCGAUACCCAAACAAAACAUUCUUCUCGCAAGUUCUGCUUAUGGUAUUCAAGACAUUUUGUCUUGUCUUCUUUUUUGCUGCCAUGCUCUUCUCACUCGAACAGCUUGGAGAGUUACCACAUACCAGCAGUUUUCUACUUCAUGUGUAUGAAUGCAGCAAUGAGGACAGAACGGAGACGAUUCUUAGUGCGACAAAUGAAGGCACGAACGAGUAUUCGAACUGUAACGAAACGUGGAGCUUUUUCUCUUCCAUAUACUUCAUGUUUGUGACGGUAUCAACUGUGGGUUACGGUGAUUUCUCGCCUCAAACGGUGCUAGGACAGCUUACAGUUUGUAUGAUUAUUGUGUUUGGUAUUUACACGUUUGCAAACGAGUCGGCUGCUUUCAUGAAUCUUUAUGGAGACCAACGCGGAACAUUAGUAAAGUACAAGAUUUCGAGGAAUACAGUGCACGUGAUUGUGACAGGUAAUCCGUCCGUUUCGCAGACGAAAGACUUUAUUCGCGAGUUUUUUUCACCCCGAUCACGAGGAUGCAUUCCAAUGCCAUGA